UCAGGUGAAGGGGGCGUUCCUUUCUCUUUUCCGGUCACCUUUCACCCUUGGCGGCCCCGAGUUACAUGCGGGGCUUAAGAGGCCCAUCCACUGCCAUUGUUCGUGCCAGAGCUUUGGACCAAACCAUUUGUUAACAGAGAAAGGGGGGGGGAGAGGUCGAAGUAGCAGUAGGUCUUGGUUGCCUCUUCUUUCCAAUGGCUUGAUUGUGGCCGGUCUCUCUAUCCCUUUCUCUCCGUGGUUGAUACCUCCCGCAUCUUCCCUCUGUUUGUCCCCCCCCCUCCCUUUCUGACUGGUGGUCUAGUCCGACGCCGGUCUCGGCGAAAGAGGCUGAGGGGAAAAAAGAUGGCGGAGGCGGUUGGGGUGUCGCUGUCCCUUUGACGGAGGGCGCCGGCUAGCGGGGCUAUGUCGGACUCUGAGGAGGAAGAGAGCUCUGACCGGCUGCUCAAGUUCGUGUUGCUGGGCGACGGCGCCUCCGGCAAGACCUCCUUAGCCACACGUUUUGCUCAAGAAGCUUUUGGGAAGCAGUACAAACAAACCAUAGGACUUGACUUCUUUUUGAAAAGAAUAACACUCCCAGGGAAUGUAAAUGUUACUCUUCAAGUAUGGGAUAUCGGAGGCCAAACAAUAGGAGGAAAAAUGUUGGAUAAAUAUAUUUAUGGAACACAGGCUGUCCUUCUAGUAUAUGAUAUUACUAACCAGCAGAGCUUUGAAAAUUUAGAAGAUUGGUAUAAUGUUGUAAAGAAGGUCAACGAAGAGUCAGAAACUCAACCACAUGUGGCCCUGGUAGGCAAUAAAAUUGAUUUGGAGCAUCUACGGGCUGUAAAAAUUGACAAACAUCUUCGAUUUUGCCAGGAAAACCAUUCUAGCAGCCAUUUUGUGUCAGCCAAGACAGGUGACUCUGUCUUCCUGUGUUUUCAAAGAAUUGCGGCCGACUUGCUUGACGUCAAAUUAAACAAAGCAGAAAUAGAACAAUCACAGAGUGUAGUGAAGGCGGAUAUUGUAAACUAUAGCCAGGAGCCCGUGACAAGAACAGUUAACUCUCCUAGAAGUUCAAUGUGUACAAUUCAGUGAAUUCUUUCUUUUCUUUCUUUUUUGUAUUGAUCUCCCUUGGCAGCCAUGCUAUCUUUUGCACAGGCAGAAGGUUUGCCAGGAAUGUUGUUUUAACAGUGAACAUUACUGUGGUGCAUUUAGAAGUUUCUAAAAUGUACUAUCCAUUUGUGUGUUGAAAAGCAGCAGGCAGUUUCUUUGGCUAGCCUCGUUUCAAAAGUAGGGACCACACACUUGGAAAAUUAUACUAUAUUUACCCAUAUUCUCAUAAAUGAUAUUACAUUAAAAGUGUGUGACAGUGUGUACAGAUGUCCUUUUACAUAUAGUGUCAGAACACUUGGGAAAGUGAAUGCAAAAUGUAUAAAUUAUACAGAAUUAAAAAUGAUGCUUGAAAUAAAGCCAUGGAGAGAAAAAAAUAUAUUUGUUUUUGUGUUUGAUUAUUUUUUUUAGCUCUGUUUUAGUUAGAACAAGUAUUGGAGAUCAUCAGUUUUAUCCCUGUGAUGUUAAUUAUGAGGCCAACGUAUUAUUUUAAAACAACUGUAUUAAUGUCUAAGGACACAAUAUUGCUAGAGUUUAUUUUUUUCAGAUUAAGCAUGUUUGCAGAGAUGGAAAAAUGUUUCUUUGUGAAGUAAAGACGGUAUACCUGAUAACAAGACAGCUGAAUACAUCAGUAUGUUCUCCCCCUGUCAAAUCUAAGCAUCUGUAUAACCUAAAUAUAUUUGUAUUGAAUUUUUUUUUGAAAAAAAGACAAUAAAUGUUAUGUUUAUGUGG